AUGGACGACCCAGGCAUCCUCCGUACUGUUGCAAGGCUCGAUAUCCGGGCAUCCCGAGCGGAGCAAGCCCAUACCAAACUCGAACGGGAGUUAAAGUCUGUCCAAGAUGAUUUGAAACGAACAACCGAUGAAUUAGAACAAGUUACUCGGUUAGCGGACAUUUUCUACGAUCUCAGUCAGAGGUUGGGUGCGGUUGUGGACUACUUGCUUCAGGAACGUGGGGCAUCAGAGAGCGGUUGUGAUCAACGGUCAGCUAAAUCGAUCCUCGAUUCUAUCAUGGAGUCAGAGAAAGCGGGGGACGUGGGCGGAAAGGACAAGGCUGUCUCGGAAAAUGCUAAGGUCAAGGUGCCGGAUAGCUGA